AUGGCGUCGACAUCGGGCACGAAAGUCAACGUCGGUCUCAACCACCAGUGUCUACGCUUCUUCGCACAUGGCGAAAGCUCCACCGUCGAAAUUUAUAAUACAUCGUUUCUUGCCGAUGAGUGUCCGGAACAUCCGGAGAAGACCGAGGCUGCCGGUAGAUCACACACUGGCAAGGAACAGUCCAACUUAGAGGAGCUCAGUGCAGUCUGCGUUGCAACACUUCAGACGGACUAUCACCUUACGGAUACGACCGCAAGCGCUGGGAGACCAAAUGCGUACGCAGGAGACCCAUGUCCACUCGAGCACAAAAUAAAAGGCUACCUGCUCGUUAUGCAUCGAUUGCGCGAUCCACAGGAGCUGCGCGAUCUUCAUCAGGUUGUUAAACAGACCGAUGUCUACUACCAAUGGAUGCAGACCGAGGUCAAGCACUCCAUACUUCCGCCAUUCCAGUGCUCAGAGCUAGAAAGCACACAAGCUAGAGACUUCUAUGGCCGUUAUUGGCUAGGGCUACUUCUCUCCACAGGCGAACAGGCUAUGCUUGGGAAUGCAUUUCUGGACCAAGCUUUCGACCAAGUCCGUGCUUCGAUCAACGAACAUCAUCCUCACUUUCUGACUUGGGUCUGCUUCGUCAUUUGCUAUGACGGCCAGGGAGCCAUAUGCGGCCCUGCAAACUCUUGUGUUGCUGAGCGGGCGGUGGCGUUUGCCUUCGAGACUUCCAAGGGCAGCAUGGAGAAGAAUGACCCGCGCUUCAACAUCCAGAAAGUUUUGAAUGCCAGCAGUCGUCGGCGCGAACUGGCGCUUUGUCUUCUGCGACAGGUGGUUGAUAAAUUCCACGCCGAGGCCAAGAGCGAACAUCUCGAGCAACUCUCGUUGCUGGCUCAACUUUUCGAACACGUGGAGCAGUGCAAGGGACAGGGAAUCGAAGUCACCCUCCAGAAGUGGGCGAGAGCCAGUCAGAGCCUUGCUCGACUCAUCCGACACGAUCGACAGCUCCAGUGUCGACUAUGA